AUGGAACAUUCAUGGGUUCAAUUGUUCGAUUUACCUGAUGAAAUGCUUAUGAUCAUUUUUAAGAAAUUGGAGAAUAUCGAUGUACUCUAUUCUUUAUGGGGCAUCAACACACGAUUCGAUAAAAUUUUACAUGAUUCAAUCUUUACUAGUUCUUUGACAUUACUGAAAUGUCUAUCAAACUGUUUUAUCUGUCCAUUACCUGAUACAAUACUUGAUCGAUUUUGUUUACAAAUCUUAUCUCAAAUUUGUCUUAAAAUCAAAUGGCUUGAUAUUGAAUCAUCAUCGAUGGAACGAAUUCUUCUUGCUACUGAAUAUUCGAAUUUAUGUGGUCUCGGUAUAUACAACAUUACCGAGGAUGUAGCUAUACGUCUUUUUAUUGAUAAAACUCCACUUGGUCGUAUUAAAAAAAAUCAGGUUUGUAGUUUGGUUGUUACAAUUCCGGACAUAGGAAGAAAACGACUAAUAGAAAACACGAUAACAGCUGUUUGCGCACGUGUCUUUACUGUGUUCACCAAUCUACACUAUUUGAAUAUAUAUUCGCCUGAUUAUAUGUAUUUUCCGCGAUUAUCAUUUAAUGAUGAACUUUCGACAUUUUUCUCUGCAACUUUGACGGAAUUACAUAUCAAUUUGGAAAACUCGAAUGAUUGUCUUUAUCUCCUUGAUGGUCGAUUCAAUAGACUUCGCGUUCUAUAUGUUAAUAUAGGGUUCCUUUUUCCUACAUCAGCAAUGAUCGGCAACAAGGAAGAAUUACCUAAUUUGAGAUCUUUCUCAUUGCGCUGUCAAUUAGAACAGAACUAUUACGAUGAAUUAAUUAUACCACUUCUGCGUCGAAUGUCGAAUUUAGAAAGUCUUUCUUUAUAUCUUGCACACGAUCAUAUUCAUAGAUUUAUAGAUGGGAAUGAUUUGAAGAAGAAUAUAAUUAAUCAUAUACCACGAUUAAAUAAAUUUUUAUUUAAUAUUCGUUCAAUUAUUUCUCUGAACGAUCAAAUGUCUUUACUUUCAAAUAAUGAUAUUCAGCGGACGUUUUCAAAUUUUACAGGCAAUCAAAUUAUAUCGUGUGUUGAUUAUUUUCCUAAAAUGAAACGUGGUCAAUGUCAUGCUUAUUCAUAUCCAUAUACACUAAACUAUUAUCAUAAUAUUACAAAUAAUUUCCCAGGUGGAUUAUUCAAGCGUGUUGGUGAAAUAUCAUUAUAUGAUGAACAUCCUUUUGAAUAUGAAUUUUUUAUUGAAAUUGCACAAGCAUUUCCAUGUCUACGAAAAUUAUCUUUAAGCAAUCGAAAAGGACAAAAAUUGAAGAAUAACAAUAUGAAUUAUCCACUUAUUAAAUAUCCUCAUUUGAAUGAUCUCGAACUUAUCGACAUUCAUAAAGAUUAUGUUGAAUUAUUUUUAGACAAUACGAAAACACUCUUAUCGGACAAUCUAUGUCUUAGUGUUGAAUAUCGUCCAUUAAGAAAAGUGACAAAUAAUUUUAAAAAAGAUACAAUGCGUUUCAAUUGUGCUAAAGUAAUUCAACUAAUGAUUCCUGCUAAAUUUAAAAUAUCUCAACGUUUCAAAGCCUACUUUUCUCAUGUGAAAAUAUCUCAAUUUUAUUAA